CUACCCUGUAUGUCUCCUUUGAUUGGCUGUUCAUAUUUCAAACGAAUUUCGGUGAUUCAAAUGGUCAUGCGACGGAGAUGUAAAGUAUCAACGGAUCAGAGACAUAAAAUGCAUUUUGCAGAUUUGGACAUUGAAUUUGUAACUUGUAUUUAAUCCAGGCUUAUAAGGUGGUAUUCAGCGUGAGACUUAAUGCGGUUUUUGUAAAAUUAAAUUGUCUGGUAGGUUUUUAAUAUAAUGGAAAAGAAAUACAAUGGAGUCUGCUUUCAGGUGAAGGUAACACCAGAAUCAAGAAGAAAACCUAAAACAGAAGAUGAAGACAAGGAUGUUCUUAUCUUGGCUCCUUUCAAUAAAUUACCAAAGCUCCUCUUUGAGAAUGUUAAAGUGGGAACUUCAAAGUUGCAGCACAUUAUAGUAAGAAAUCCUAAUGACUCAAGGAUUGAGAUACAGCUAGAUAGACUCCCUCCAGAAAAGUGUGGCCUUACAUUUAGUGUUGUGAAAUUUGAUGUGGAAGCACAUGAAGACAAAUGGAUUGAAGUGAUAUGGACUCCCUCUAAAGUUGAGUCACUGCAUCAUGUAAUUCAAGUUAAAAAUAGUCACCGUCUUAAACUGGACAUUUCUAUUGCUUGCACUUCUGUCGAUCCACAAAAGGCAAAGAAGAAAAAUGUGAAGCCAUUGAAAGUUCAAAAUGCUCAUGUGAAUGCCUUACUGACUUCUAAAAAAGGUGGUGUGAAGCCACUUUCAUAUUCAAAGACUGAAGUUUCUUCUGGGAUAAAGAAGUCUGUUAACAGAUCCUUCAGACCUACUUUUAGUACAGUUAAUAAACUGAAACAGGAGUACAAUAUAUCAAGUGAACAAUUCGCCACUAUCAAAGAUAACAGACUACCACCAUGUUCAGUUCCAUCCACACCAACUAGACGGGAAACUUAUCUUGUUUUCCAGGAAACUGGGAUAGGAAAUAAGGAAAAUGCAGAAUUUAAACAUAUGCAAAAGAGAACAAAAUCAGCUAAUGAUAUCUGUGUACCUGUUGAUUUGAGACAGAAACAAUUCAGAACAUUUGAAUACUCGUCUUCUAUUCAAAACGUUUCUCCUGUGUUAGCCACACCACCUCGCCAGAGAAGGUGCCAGUUUGGUGAGAAAAAUGCAGAACUUAAAUUCCAUACAGAAAUGUAUUGCAGGAGUCUGCAUAAAAGUUCACUUUGCACUGUUGGAAGGAAAACAUAUGCAAAAGAAUCAAACAAUGAUUUGUCACCAGAUCCUAAUCAGAAUUUUUUUGAUAAGUUGAACUGGUUGAGUUUCACACCAACACCAUCAAGGACAAACCAAGCACAGCAAGAAGUUGCAUCCAAUUUGCAGUAUUCCUCUCCUGAAGGUAGUUUGCUUCCUCCCUGUAAUAUAUUACCCACACCUGAUCGCAGACAAACGUAUGCAAUUCCUCCUGGUUCCAAACCUGAAAAUGAAUUGCAAAUGCAGUCUUCUGAGGAGACUGUGUUUACAUCAAGAAGAAUUAGACAUGUGCACACAACUUGUACUUCAGUCCCUAGGAUUCAGCUUGAAUAUGAUGAGUUUAAUGAUAGUUUGGAAGAACAGAAUGAUGUUUUUAACAAGAAUGUGGUUACAGAAAAUGGAGCAGAGCAGUGGUCUCAGUGGCAAAAACAUAAUUUCUCUAGAUCAGAGGGCAGUUCAGAAGAAUCAGGUGGGAAACAUUGUGAAUCUGUGGGAAAGACACCCAGAAGUAAAAUAUACAGCACUGGAUUGACACCACAGUUUGAUAAACUCAACUUCAGCAGCCACAAUUCCAUUUCAAUUUGUCCUGGGUCCCCAGUUGAUUUCUCUUUGUUACCACCAACAGAAGAUACCCGCAGGUGUUCUACUGUUAUGAAGAAACUGGAGCAGGUGUCUUAUGACUCGCCUUGUAAUACAGUAUGUAAAGACCUGUUUCCCACAGAUUUGGUGGAAUAUGUAGCCAAUGACUCAAUGUCUGGUGAAUUGAGUUGUCUAAGCUCAGGGACAUUUGUGAAGUCUGGAUCUUCAUUUCCUGAUAUUAAUUUCCAAUACCCAGAUAUCAGUUGUCAAGAACCUGUAAGCCAACAAAAUAGUUAUAAAUUGGAUAAAGAAAUAAAUAAACCUCUAGUUUCCUUGAGCCCAGAACAAAACAGUGCAAAGAGUGUCAUAGAAGCAGGUUUGUGGGUAAAACAAAGUGCAGAAAAAUUGUUGGAUAAAACAACAGUUAGUUCAAAUGUUCAUGUUCUAAACACAAUUUCAGAAGAACCAAUAUCUAUAGACAGUUUUUCACAUAAGGAACAAAAAACAGAAGAAUCUAAAGAAAAAUUAUCUGCUAUUCCCGUAAAACAAUUUAAGAAAUCUGAGAAUGCUGAAUCUGGAGGAGUCUUUCUAGAAAUUUCACCACCCAGAAAGCAGGUAUAUGAUUUAUGUGGCAGUACAACAGAUUCUGUUCAAAAGCAGAAGACAUCGUGCAUCACUGGAUGGUCAAAGACUUCUGUGAAAAGUAGAAAUUAUCAAUGUUUAAACUUCACUCCAGGUGUAUCUCAUAAGCUUAAUGGUACCACAAGCAAUCUGACAGGGAAAAAGAGACCAUUUAAUGGCAUUAAGAUCAAUCAGAAUGUCAGUAAACGGCGUAUUUUGAGUGAUGGUAGCAUCCACAACACCAACAUCCAAAGAGGUGUAUCUGCUCAACGACCUCUCAGAAGAGGUUCAACCUCUUCUAUACCCCUAAAAGUCCUUACCAAAUUAACUCUGUCAAUGAGUAAGAAGCAAAAGGAAGAAGCUGUUCAACUUCACAACCCUGAUGCUGUUCUUAACAAACUGGCAAAUCCUGGUCUUUUUGAAGCAACUAAUACAGCUGAGCCAUUCACUACAAGCUCUGUGUACUAUGAUGAAGAAUGGAUGGUGCAGCAAGAGAAGGAAUUCACCAAGUGGCUCAACUCUCUGCUGACUCCACCUGAAGAACUCAACAGCACAACUGCCCUUCCCAAAGUGGACGUGGCAGAACUAUGGAUUCAGAGUUGUCGCAAGCAAGACGUAGUUCCUGCCCCAACUCGAGAGAUGGUCUCUUCUCAAUACCACACCAACCAUCAUCUGGAUGCUUUGCGCAAGGCUGCAUGUUCAUUGUUCCGUUCGCAAGAGACUGCUCAAGUACUGUCCAAAGUUGCAGUACAUGUUGAUAAGAAGUUGAUAGCAAUCCGCAGUGACAGGGAUCUCCAUCUUGAUUUUGGCUUGAAGUGCCAAGUGAUGAAGCUGCUGCUUAGUUACAAUCCUCUGUGGCUCCGUAUUGGUUUAGAGGCUGUCUAUGGCCAAACUAUUCCACUCGAAUCAAAUUCAGAUGUUCAAGGAUUAACUAAAUUUAUUGGUACACGUUUACUCUCUGAUCCAUAUAUUGUGCAGCAAAAUUCACAUCCAACAGUGUCACAUUUCUUCCUCCCAGGAUUUGAGGAUGCAAUGAAGAAGUUUACUCUUAAAAAAUUCCUCUUACUUGUUUACUUUUUAGACAAAGCUAAAGAAAAGAAACUUAUCAGCCAUGACCCAUGUCUUUUCUGUAAGGAUGCAGAACUGAAAGAUAGUCGACAAAUUCUGCUUGCUUUCUCACGGGACCUGCUGUCCGGAAUUGGAGAUAUAACAAAACAUCUAAAAAGUCUUGGAUACAUUGUAACACAGAGACAGACUUAUCUCGAUGAAUUUGAAUAUGCAGUUAAUUGUCUUGGAAAGGACCUGCGUGAUGGAAUUAGGCUUACUCGUGUGAUGGAGAUAAUUCUACAAAACCGAACAUUGUCAAAUGAACUUCGAGUACCGGCUGUUUCAAGGCUUCAGAAGAUUCACAAUGUAGAUGUUGCAUUGUUAGCUUUGAAUGGUGCUGGUUAUGUCCUUACUGGGAACAUCAUGGCAAAGGAUAUUUCUGAUGGUCAUAGAGAGAAAACACUAUCAUUGCUUUGGCAGAUAAUAUAUAAAUUCCAGGAGCCACGCUUCAUUGAUGCAGCAAAGAAGAUUCAGAAUUGGUGGCGUCAUCAGUCACUCAAACUGGAGAUACGUCACCGUAUACAAGCCAGAAAGUUGGCUCAUCUUACACAAGCAGCCACUAGGAUUCAGGCUUAUUGGAGAAGUUACUGUGCUCGAAUGCAACUGGAAAUCCUCAUUGCAGAGGAAGCAGUAAAAUAUGCAGCACAACAGAAAGCCAGCAUUGUUAUCCAAAAGAACUGGAGAAUGUACUUUGAACAUAAGAAAUAUACAUAUGUUUUGAACUCUGUAAAAAAAAUUCAAUCAUGGUACAGAAAUAUUAAGAUGGCAAAGAAGGAACGAAUGCAGUUUCUUCAGAGGCGCCAGACUUUGAUGAGCUUCCAAGCAGUAUGCCGAGGAUACGUGUACAGAAGGAGACUAGCAAGCCUUCAACGUACAGCUGCUGCACUUAAGAUACAGACAUGGUAUAGACGUCACAUAGAACGAAAGAAAAUUGAAUCUUUAAUACCACUUAUACAGAAGCUUAUUGAAAAAGAACGCUUGGUUUCUGCAACUGUUACUAUUCAGAAGAAGUUUAGAGCAACAAUGCUAAUGCGAGCUGACAGGCAACACUUCCUACAACUUAAGUCAGCAGCAGUAGUUAUUCAAAGAAGGUUACAGGCUACAUUACUUAUAAAGAAACAGGCCGAAUGGUACCAACGACAAAAGAGUGCAGCAAGUACCAUUCAGAACAAAUUCAGAGCAACAGUGUUGAUGCGAGCUCAAAGACAACACUAUCUGCAACAGAAGUUUGCAUCAACAGUUAUCCAAAGAAGAUUCCGUGCUACACUACUUAUGAAGAAACAGGUUGAAUGGUACCAACAACAAAGGUCUGCAGCAAGUAUCAUUCAGAACAAAUUUAGAGCAACACUGAUGAUGAAAUUUGAAAGGCAGCAGUUCCUGAAACAAAAGUUUGCAGCAGUAGUCAUACAAAGAAAAUUUAAAGCCAUGCUAAUAAUGAAGGAACAAGUGCAGUUGUACCAUCAACAAAGAUCUGCAGCAAUCAUAAUCCAAAAUAAGUUCAGAGCAACACUGCUGAUGCGUGUUCAAAGACAACACUUCUUGCAACAGAAAUAUGCAGCAACAAAUAUCCAAAGAAAGUUUAGGGCCACAUUAAUUAUGAAAAAACAAGUUGAGUUGUAUCAAAAGCAAAGAUCUGCAGCAAGUAUCAUUCAGAACAAAUUUAGAGCAACAAUGUUUAUGCGAUCUGAAAGGCAGCAGUUCCAGAAACAAAAGUUGGCUGCAACAGUAAUCCAGAGAAGGUUCCGGGCCAUAUUACUGAUGAAGAAUCAGAUGCAGAAGUACCACCUACAAAGAUAUGCAGCUAUCAUUAUUCAGAAGAAAUUCAGAGCAACACUGAUGAUGAAAUUUGAAAGGCAGCAGUUCCUGAAACAAAAGUUUUCAACAACAGUCAUACAAAAAAGAUUUAGAGCCAUGUUAAUUAUGAAGAAACAAAUGCAAUGGUACAAACAACAAAGAUCUGCAAUAGUCUUCAUACAAAGAAAGCUCAGAGCAACAAUCAUUAUGCGAUGUGAAAGACAGCACUUCCUGAAACAGAAGAAUGCAGUAAUUCUUAUUCAGAGAUUAUUCAGGGCUAAAUUACUGAAGAAGAAACAUGCACAGAAGUGUCAACUUCAAAUAUUUGCUGUGCGUGUCAUUCAGAACAAAUUCAGAGCAACAAUGUUGAUGCGUUCUGAAAGGCAACACUUCCUGAAACAGAAAUUUUCAGCAACAAUUAUCCAAAGAAGAUUUCGAGCCACAUUACUCAUGAAGAAACAGGCUGAAUGGUACCAACAGCAGAGAUUUGUAGCAAUUUUCAUUCAGAACAAAUUCAGAGCAACAUUACUGAUGCGAUCUGAAAGGGAAAACUUUCUGAAAAAGAAGUCUGCAGCAAUUACUAUGCAAAACAAAUUUAGAGCCAAAAUUCUGGGACAGAAAGAAAGAAGUUCCUUCUUAAGAAAAAAAUCAGCAGCACUUGUAAUUCAACGGUGGUUUCGAGCCAACUUAAUGAAGAAAGGAAAGGAGCGCUGUACAAUUUUAAAAUCUAGACAAGAGGAAAAUAGAAGAAAGACUGCUGCUGCCAUCAAAAUCCAAGCUCUGUGGAGAGGGUACAGAGAACGUAAAACUGGGUCUCAGGAGAUGACUGCUGUAAGGGAACGUGCCCUGAGUACCGCGCAGAAUGCUCUUCCUGGGACAACACUACAAACUCGAUCCACAGCUGCUCUAUUCAUACUUCAGAAAACUUGCUCAGGCCGCCUUAUAUGGGCCCUCAUGGAACUUGAUACAAUUACACAACUUUCUCCGAAACUUUGUGUGGACAUUGCAAACAGCAGUGUUGUGAAGACUAUCUAUAAGUGUCUUGGUAAUGCUAAUCGCUCUGAAGUUGACAAGGAAAUGUGCACAGUGGGUACCAAGGUCCUCAUUAAUUUAGCCAAGUAUGAGAAAAGUUCUGCAAGUGUUUGGCAGGUGCCUGGAAAUGUGACCAUAAUACUGAAUCUGAUGUCUGCCUGGUGUGGAAAGAAUGAUCCUCUGUUUUGCAACUGCUGCACCCUGUUAUGGCUGUUUGCACAAGAGCCAACAAAUGCUGUGAAGAUUGUAAAGGUGCCACAAGUGCAACAGAAAUUGACUCAUUAUUACAAGCAGCUGAAGCAAAAGCAAGAUCGAACUCAAGCUCUGAUGAAAAGUUUGUCCAAGGUGAAGGCCAAACAACCAAAGUUUGUUCUGCCAUCCCUCAAACCUGACUGGAGUUUAACAGGUGCAUGUCUUCAGCAAACUUUUGAAAAUCCCUUAUAUGCUGUGAGUUCUGUAAUUGAACAAUUAAACAUGAAACCAGAUGUGAAAUAAUUUUAGUGGUGAUCCUUUGAGUUUUUAUGUGGAACAUUUUAUGCAAAUGGGUUUGCCACAUUUAGUUUUAAAAAGAAUCUGAGUUGAAAACUUAAGAAGCAUGGCCUGGAAAUUCUUUGAUAGGAGGGCACCCUAUAAGACCUAUAAUCAAUUAUUACACUAAAAUAUUUUAACUGAAAUCUCACAAUUUUGACACGUGAAGUCAAUGAAAGCUCCUUCACACUGAAUUAAUAAUCCUUUUCGGUAAAUAGAAAUUUAAGUAUUAUACAAAGUGCAAACAGACCAUUGUUUGUUAUACUGUUAACACAUAUUUUAAGUUUAAAGUAGGGCUUAAAUAAAAUGUAUGUUAUUUUAUUAUAUAAUAACUUUAUGUUCAUAAGCAAUGAUACAAUGUGGGACUGGUACUUUGUAACAGAGAAACAUGUAUUUUAUUCUGGGGACUGAAAUAAAAUAAUUUUUUGCUUUGAGAAGUUUUUAGUGUCAGUUUAAUAUCUGAAGGGUUCAGGGCAACAAAGAGUUUGAGGAUGGUUUAUUAAACAGUAUUGCUCUUACAUAUAAUACCCAUAACAAAACUUGCAUUUUGCUGUGGUUUGCCUAUAUGUUGCUUCUAAGUUAAGUACAAUUAGCUAAAAAUAAAUACAUUCUACAAUAACAUAAUUUUAUUUCUUUCUGAUUUUUACAAUUAGAAUAAUGGAACGUGCUUCGGAAUAUUUAUGUGAUCCCAAAUGCUUUGUAGUCUCUCUUCACUAAUUUUAUUCAGUCUGCUUGAGUGCUUGCCAUGAUCAUCAAUCUGAACACAACUAUUGCCUAUGAUCAUUUUUUGCAAUUACUGAUUAUUUUGCAACUGUGAACAGAAACUGAUCUUUGCAAACCUGAACUGGAUUUCCAUCAGCAGUCUGCAGAUUUUCUUUACAUUUUGAAAAGUAUUUCUACUAUUACUUUACUAGUAAGAAUAUAUAGUAUGUUUUAUACUGACAUUUAUAAAAUAAUGAUUUUGGCUGGCACUCCCUGCAUCAUAGAGGUUAUGUACCAUGCAAGAAAUAGUACUGUACGCCAUUAUUAAUCCAUCACUGAAAUGGGUAAAUUUUCUGUUUUCAUUUGGCAUGUAUUCUUCUUCACUGUCUACCAAAGCAUUAUAAAUAUUGCAGUCACUAAAUUCUUGGGCUAUGAACCUUAUGUUUUAAAAAAGCUGGAUCAGCUUCCAUCCUCACGUUAAAAGGGGGGAGAGGCACCAACUCAGUUGGGACCAAUAGAAAGAACUAACCUCAAUUACUGGACCUGAGGUUAGCUCUUUCUAUUGGACCCAAAUGAGUAGGUGUUUUUUGGCAGUUUACUAGGCAUGAUAAUGUUUAAACAUGAAUUAGUAUAUGAUUGGGGUGAAAGUAAGACUAAAUCAGUAAUUCUGCUUUCCACACAAUACAAAAUAAGAAUUACUGCUGCUAACAUAUGAAUAAAAUAUUUUUUUAUAAUGUAAUAAUAGGUGUAAAGUAAAGUUUGUCCCACUACAUGUCAUAAAGGCGCUUGGGGUAAGUGGAGAUAUAGUCCUCUCUCUCUUGACCUUGGCACUACAUAGGGGUGAGUGGUCGGUGUCACG